AUGAAGGUUGCAUCCUCUGGUCUCGGGACAAUACCUGUGGGCGUCGGUCAGGAUGAGAUUGCUGGUUUCCCCGCAUACGCCGCACGAAACUGGAUCAAGGCUCGAGUUGGUGAAGACGACGGCAAAGGCCAAAAGAAAUACAACCAUCGUCACCCUCCAGCUGGCACGUGA